CACUGUACUUCACCCAAGUCGCUUUACCCAUCUGGGCGCCCAGAGAAGCCGCAGUCAACGUUACAAAUCCGCCUGUGGAGCUCAAUCGCGAACGCCCUCCACCACACUCGAAAAGGCCUCGUUGCCCGCGCGCUCCGCCUCCUGCCCCGCCGGAUUCGUUCUGCCGACCGCAGGCCAGGCCUUCGUCCACACGCCCCGCUUUCGAGUCGACUCGGCCGUGGGACGCGCCCUUUCUUUCGAUCUUCCGGCCGUUCUGCCGAGGCAACUCAGUCACUGCCUUGUCAGUUGCAGCACCGCCUCGCCAAGAGCAGAUCCCCCAAGCUUCUCGCGUUCUCGAUGGACGCUACGGCGAUGCCAUGUCGGACGGACAGCACGCCAUCCCAGACACAGAACCCCCGCCGCAACAAGAAAGGUCGCAAGAAGAGCAAUAGCAACAAUGAGUCGGCCACUGCAACUCCAACCACGGCCGGCACGCGCCGUUCCCGCCAAGACAGCAACUGUAGCAGUGGCAGCGGCAUCGACGCAGACGAGCGCCGGCCGACCAUCGCCUCGGUCUCAGCUUCAGCCCUCCACCCUCGCCUGCAUCGCAUCCUGAGGGAGGCCAACGCACCAGCAUUGGCCAUGGAUGUGACGGGCCGCGUCACAUUUUGGAACAACAAAUUGACGGAACUCUCCGGGUUCCCAAGCGUCGAUGUGGUUGGCCGGCCCAUAACAGAGCUUGUAGUAACCGACAGGACGGCUGAAGUCACGCGCGGACUCAAACACGCGCUGGCCGACGUUAACACCACAGUGCACGGCGUGGAGAUCGAAUUGAACACGCCGGAGCUCGGCCGCAACGUGAAGCUGCUUGUAAACUUAACCGUCGACGUGGACGACAACAACAAGGCGUCGAAUAUCGUGGCCAUCGGACAGGACGUCACUGUGUGGAUGCAAGGAUCGCAGUACGCGCGCGUAGCGCAGCAGGCCAACGCCCCCAUUGUAGAGCUCGACCGAGACGGACGCAUUACGCUAUGGAACCCCAAGGCCGAGGCUGUCACGGGUUACGCUAUUGAUCAAGUCGUAGGCACGCCACUGGUGGACUUAGUGCACGAUGAAUUCCGUGUGCUUGUGGCCGAACUUCUGGCCCGUGUUGCAUCAACCAACACGUCAGUGUCAGAGUUCGAGUUGCCGCUCAAGACCGCGAGCGGCGCGCGUGUGGAGCUGCUGUUGAGUCUUACGCCACAGACCAGCGUCGAUGGAGCAGGCACGACGGUGAACCGCAUCGUGGCCAUUGGACAAGACGUGACGGCCCGUAAUGCGAGCGAGAUGGAGUACAGCAAGCUGGUGGACUCGGCCAACGCCCCCAUUUUCGGCGUGGAUACACAGGGUUGCGUUGUCAUCUUCAACAAGAAGGCUUCAAAGAUCAGCGAAUACUGGCCCGGUGAGGUCAUGGGCGUCGAUCUGGUGUCGUUCUUGAUUCACGAAGACUAUCGCGAGAAAGUGGCCGCAGUGUUCCAGAAGGCUCUACGCGGUAUCGAGACGGCAAACUUUGAGUUUCCGCUGAUUACUAAGCACGGCCGGAAGGUGGAGAUCUUGCUGAACGCCACGCCGCGCUACAAUCACGCCGGCGCCAUCGUUGGUGUGGUCGGUAUUGGACAGGAUAUUACCGAGCGAAUUGUGCAGGAGCAGGAGUACAACCGCCUCAUCGAUACAGCCAACGCACCUAUUGUAGGUGUAGACAAGAAGUUCUGCGUGACGAUUUGGAACAAGAAGGCGGCCACGAUCACGGAUUACUCGUACACACAGGCGAUUGGCAAGAAUCUCCUUGGUUUUAUCGCUGAGCAUGCACGCGAUACGGUAAAAGACGUGCUUUCAAAGGCCAUGGGAGGUAUUGAGACUCCUAACUUCGAGUUUCCCUUGGUGACGAGGAGUGGAAGACAACUGGACAUUCUACUUAAUGCAGCGCCGCGAUUCGAUCACAGUGGCGCGAUUACUGGCGUGGUAGGCACUGGACAAGACUUCACUGACCAGCGAGCACAGGAGGAAGAAUACAUUCGACUGAUUGAUACGGCCAAUGCGCCGAUUUUUGGUAUCGAUAUGGAUGGACGUGUAGAUAUUUGGAACCGCAAGGCUGUAGCCAUCACGGAGUACACGGUGCUCGAGGCACGAGGAACGCGGCUAGUUGAGAGCUUCAUUCCUCAUGACUAUCGCGCUGGAGUGUCCGACGUUAUGUCGAAGGCGAUGGAGGGAGAAGGCACUGCUAAUUUCGAGUUCCCACUUAUCACGAAAACUGGCCGACGUGUGGAUAUCCUGCUGAACGCUACACCGCGUUACAACCAGCACGGCGACAUUGUGGGCGUGGUCGGUAUUGGCCAGGACAUCACGGAGCGUAUCGUACAGGAGCAGGAGUACAGUCGAUUGAUUGACACUGCCAAUGCGCCCAUUUUUGGUGUGGAUAUGACGGGUCUUGUAAAUAUUUGGAACGAUAAAUCCGCCGAGAUCACGCAGUUCACUGCGGACGAGGUCAUUGGCAAGGACUUGGUGCAAGAAUUUAUCUCGGAAGGAUACCGCUCUGCUGUGGGGCUGGUGCUAUCGCAGGCGUUGAACGGCGUGCAAACUGCCAACUUUAAUUUCCCACUAAUCACCAAAUCUGGACGUCGAGUCGAAAUUUUGCUGAAUGCCACGCCGCGAUAUAAUGAACUAGGAGAAAUCGUUGGUGUGGUGAGUAUUGGCCAGGAUAUCACGGAACGAAUCGCUCAGGAACAAGAAUACAGUCGUCUUAUUGAUACUGCUAAUGCUCCCAUCUUCGGAGUGGACAAGGAAGGCUGUGUCAACAUCUGGAACAAGAAGGCUGCGGAGAUUAUGCAGUACUCGAACAACGAAGUGGUGGGUGAGAAUUUGGUUGAAAAGUUCAUCACGGAAGACUACCGUGAAGCUGUUGGCGCUGUGCUGUCGAAGGCUCUGGAUGGGAUUGAGACGGCGAACUUUGAGUUCCCAUUAGUGACAAAAGCAGGUCGUCGUGUGGAGAUUUUGCUCAAUGCUACGCCUCGGUUUAAUGAGCAUGGAACGGUUAUUGGUAUGGUGGGUAUUGGACAGGACAUCACUGAUCGUAUCGCGCAGGAACAAGAGUACGCUCGAUUGAUCGAAAAGGCAAAUGCCCCCAUCUUUGGUGUGGAUUCAGAAGGAAAGAUCAAUAUCUGGAACCAUAAGACAGCUGAAAUGACGAGAUUCUCGAAGGAAGAAGCAGUUGGUAAGGACUUGGUGAGCUGGGCAAUCCCUGAAGAGUACCGCGAUGCUGUGGAAACUAUUCUGUGGAAGGCGCUGGAAGGAGAUGAAACGUCAAACUUUGAUGUCGAACUGAAGAAGAAGAAUGGCCGCACUGUGAAUAUCCGUAUGAAUGCCACUGCGAGGUUUGACCAGCACGGCCAGAUCGUGGGCGUCGUGGGUAUCGGCCAGGACUUGACAGAUCGUAUCGUGCAGGAGCAAGAGUACACGCGUCUGAUCGACACAGCCAAUGCUCCGAUUUUUGGCGUGGAUGCUAAUCUAUGCGUGAAUAUCUGGAACAAGAAGGCAGCGCAGAUCACAAAGUAUACUACUGCAGAAGUUAUUGGAGAGAAUCUGGUGGAGACGUUCAUCUCUCCGGAGUAUCGACCUGCAGUGGCCGACGUGUUUAGUAAGGCUCUGAAUGGCAUCCAGACAGCGAACUUUGAGUUCCCACUAAUCACACGCCCCGGCACACGCAUUGAGAUUCUUCUGAACGCCACUCCUCGCAAUGAUAUGCACGGGAAUAUCGUUGGUGUGGUGGGUAUCGGUCAGGAUAUUACCGAUCGUAUCGCACAGGAACACGAAUACUUCCGACUGAUCGAUACGGCGAAUGCUCCGAUCUUCGGUGUGGACACGUUUGGCUGCAUUAACGAGUGGAACCAGAAGAUCGAGGAGAUUACGGGAUACCACAAGUCGACGGUUCUUGGGCUAUCGCUGGUGGAUGCGUUUAUUAACGCUGAGAACCGAUCUGAAGUGCGGAAGCUACUGAACCAGGCACUAAUCGGUAUCGAUGUUGGAGAAAUGGAGCUGCCAAUGACGACCGCUGCUGGCCGGUCCUUGCUGCUGCUAGUGAAUGCUUCUAGCAAGAAGGAUAUGCACGGUAAUAUUCGUGGAGUUAUUGGAGUGGGGCAAGACUAUACUGCCAAGAAGCACAUGGAGGCAGCGAAGGUGAAUUUCCUCGCUUCGUUCAGUCAUGAGCUGCGAACCCCGCUUAACGGUGUGCUUGGUAUGCUAGAAUUAUUGCGUGAUCAGAAGUUGGACAAGACGCCGGAGCGCUACGUGCAUAUCGCUUACAUUUCUGGAUCAUUACUGCUGAAUCUUAUCAACGACAUUCUCGACUUGUCGAAGAUUGAAGCAGGACACAUGGAGAUUUCAGCGGAUCCAUUCCAAAUGGAAGAUUUACUGGAGUACUCGGUCGAGAUUUUCAAGUUUAAGGCGCGCGAGAAGCACAUCAAGCUGACUUUAGAAUGCUCGCCAAAGGUUCCUAAGCGCGUUAUUGGAGAUGUAAGCAGACUACGUCAAGUGCUGCUGAACUUGCUGUCGAACGCUAUCAAGUUCACGAACGAAGGAUCCAUCACCGUGCGAUGUAACAUGGUGCCGUCUCCGGAUUUGCCUAAACACUGCGUGAAGCUUCUGUUCCAAGUGAUUGAUACCGGUGUAGGCAUGGAUGACGAGGAGAAAUCGAGACUUUUCUCGCUGUUUACGAAGCUUGAGCGUACGCGCAAGAACAAUCCCACUGGUUCAGGCUUGGGUCUUGCUAUCUGCAAACAACUCGUGGAGCUUAUGGACGGUGAUAUCGACGUAGACAGCGAACUGGGCGAGGGAUCCGAGUUUUUCUUCACGGUUGUGGUGCGUCGCCCGGAAGACGAAGAAGACGAGCUUAUUCAGAAGUUCCCGGCCGUCUUGGCCGCGGAACCAGGUGCCGUUUCCUCUCUAGCAGGUAAUAAUGCAAGACACAACGCGUCUAUGUCGGAGCUGGUGCCGAAACAUGCUCGCAUCUUGGUGGUGGAAGACAAUGAGUUUAACUGGGAAGUCGUCAAGAGCUUCUUCAUGGAGGACAACCAUCUGCUGCAGUGGGAAACGAAUGGGCUGGACGCGUAUCAAAUGUACCAGGAGCAUCACGAUUCGUACGAUAUUGUGCUGAUGGACUGUGAGAUGCCGAUCAUGAACGGAUACGAGUCCACCCGUAACAUUCGAGUCUUUGAAAAGCAGCACAAGCUCCCGCGCAUCCCCAUUAUUGGCGUAACCGCGUACGCUAUGAGUGGCGAUCGGAAGAAAUGUCUGGACGCUGGAAUGGAUGAGUUUAUCGUCAAGCCUAUCUCGAAGACUGAGCUGCGAAAAGCGAUCCGGAAGUGGAUGCGUGUUCGCUUCUUGGGUCAACACUGUCCUCGUCCCUCUCGAGUGGAGUCUGUGGAUACAUCCAACAUCGAUACUGAUGCGUUAUGUAACCAGCACGCUGCCAACUUGGUCGCUGCAUCGAGACACAAGGAGAAGCUGGACCUCGACCGAGCCAUUUCCGACUUAGAACUCGAAGAUCCCAUGAUGAUCGGCCAGCCUAGUGGCAUUCAAACCGCUGCGGGCUCAGAAGCACUGCUCAUGUCACUCACGACUAUUAGUGAAAGCAAGAGCAACUCGACCAGCUCGGGGACUGUCGGACGCACCAUCGGACCUGUUGAUGUCUUGCGUGAGACGCCUGAAGCGACGAACUCGAUGCAACAUCCGAGUGGAGCACCGCCUACACAUCCUGGGAAUCUCGUGAAUGCUUCGAAUAUUGUCGGCACGAACUUGUUUGCAGCCGCGAAGGCAGCGGGAAUCUACCCGAUGAAUGCGACUGAGCCUACGCCAUACUCGAGUCCGAACUCGUUUGCGUCGAGUGAUGGCAACAACCAGCAAGAUUCAGAGAGCUCGACCAUUGUGGCGAACAAACCAGCGCGAGCGUACUCGUCGACGAUGGCUCCUGAAGAUAUUGUGAUUCCAACGGGCGACCCGAUUGAUUAUUCUUUGGGUGUGGAGCAAUGUGGGGCGAAUGAGAGUCUGUUCGUGAACCUACUGGAGAAGUAUGCAGGUUUGAGCGAGGAGUUCAUGCGACGUAUCGAGGAAGCGUACUCUAACGACGACUUUGUGGUGCUACGACGCGAGAGUCACUCGCUGAAGGGAUCGUCUGCUUAUGUUGCAGCCAUGCGUGUGUCCAAGGCAGCAUUCCGUGUGCAACUAGCUACUGAACAUGUGAUGGAGGAGUCUGCUACGGAAGACAACUACACCUCAUUGAAAGACGCGUUCCAGCUGCUCAAGAGCGAACACCGUGCUCUACGUGGUUACCUUCGUCGUAACUUUUCUUUCCGCACGAGUACCGGCAAUGGAGGCCAGGAAGCCAAGAAGAAGAACAAUGGAGGAGGCGACAACGCCUGCGUUGUCAUGUGAGCCAUGUGGUGGGCUUCAGGGGGUAUAUUUGCUUUUUAUAAAAGUGACAACGAAGCAGUGAAGGCGAUGAGGAUCGAUAGAGUGCGUGUGAGCUUGUCCUCGGCCUUCAUUGCGCCGUAGAAAUGUAACUUAUAAUUGAUAGCCUUGCUUGGUAUCGGAUGGUGAGUUGGCUGGAAGUUUUCGAGUUGGUACGUGGUUAUUUGGAUUGCUUGGUGUCGGUGAAGUAGGUCUCCUCGAUGUCAUUGAGCAGGUCGUUCAUCGCUUCUUGGAACUUGGCGCAUACCAGUGAGCGGUUGGCACCGAUCUGCUCAGCGAAUCGCGAUAAUUUUCUGUAGGUAAGAGCUGGAUCCACGCCACGAUGUCGUCUAGUGUGUAUUCGUGCUCCUUGAUGAGCUCCUUGGCGUCUUUCAAGUAGUGAAGAGCCACUUUCUGCACGAUCUCGUCCACUUCC